AUAUGAGGAGAAGCAGCAAGCCAGUGGGGAAGAAGACACCGGGGUACAGAUCCGGUUCAAGAAUGGCAGCACCAUGAUGACAGAUAUCCUGGUCGCGGCGGAUGGCAUUCGGUCGACAGUGUCGCGGCAGGCCUUUGGCGAGCCCGGGCUCUUCCACACAGGCAUCCGGGUCUGGCUUGCGUGGUGCGAUCAGAUCCCCGGGAUCCCGGCCCACCACGGGGUGAUCUCCCACGACUGGCAGUACCAGGCCAGCUUCUUUCCCAUGAUGCGCGAAGGCAACCGACCCGGAUUUGAGUGGUGGGUGGUUGAGCCCUCCUACGAGGGCAAACCGGCGCCGGCAGACCCGCGGGCGCAUCUGGCCGCGAUUCUCCAGGACUGGGCACAGCCGAUGCCGCGACUCCUCGAGGCGACCGAUUUCAGCUCCCAGGUCUACCGAUGGGAGGUCUAUAACCGGCCAUCCUUGCAGAAAUGGUCGACUGGGAGAGUGGUCGGCGUGGGCGAUGCAGUGCACCCGGUAUCACCGUAUGCCGCAUAUGGGAUGGGGAUGGCGAUCGAGGAUGGCUACUACCUCGCCCGCGCCUUCGACGGAGUCGACCUGCGCGAUCGCCAAAACGUCGCUGCUGGAUUUGAGGUGUAUGAGCAGCAGCGCGUGGAUUACGCGAACCAUCACAUGGAAUUCGCCCGCUUCUCGGGGUCCAUGUUCCACCGUCUGCCCUGGCCUUUGGCCAAGGUGCGGGACCUGAUCUUUGAUUACACCCCUGUGUUGGGCAUUUUGUUGAAAAAGGACUAUCUCCAGCGAGCCGAGGAGGAGACAAUGAACUUGCGAGAGCUGCAGGUUGUGUGAGGAAACGGAGGGAUCCAUGGAUCUGGCGGGGGGGGAGGGAAGGAGGAGAUUAGUUGGGCUGCAGUUAGUCUGGUCGAGGCGAUUUCGCCGGCGGUACACUCCCGACCUUCCCCUUCGGGCAAUUUCACUCCGUGGCUUGACUCCGAGUCACGUUCAUGUUCACGUUCACGUCCACGUCCACCUUCACAAUCACUGUCACUUUCACUUUCACUUUCAGGUUCACAGC